CAGCUACGAGUUCGACGCGACCGCAAAACGCCUCAAACGCCGGCACCAGGCACGCAUUGCUGGAACACGCACGAUCGCGCGACCUGCCACCUACCAUAUCACAGACUGCUGCCGAGAAAAGCGCCAACCAAGCCCCCAGGGCUCUUAUUUGACACCUGGGCUGCUGAGAGCAGUUUCAAAACGCGGACGGCGACGCAAAACCAUGCCGGUAGACUACUCCAAGUUCGACGCCAUCGAAGAUAGUGAUGAAGAGAAAGAUACAAAGGACGACAAGAAGAUCAAAAAGGCCGCCUCGACACCGAUCAAACACGUAAAAUGCGCGAACUGCGGCGACACCGAGGCCGUGCUCAAGGCCUGCCAGCGCUGCAAGAAGGUCGCCUACUGCGGCGCCCGAUGUCAAAGGGACGACUGGCGCUUCCACAAGCGCGUGUGCUGCCCGCCCAAAGACGCGAAAAAGAAGGAACCUCCCACAAAGCCGAAGCCGCCGAAGAAGACCACACCUGCAAAGGUGGAAUCGUCGGAUGACGACGACGACGAGCCCCUGACGUGGUACAAGCACCGCGAGACCAAACUCCCAGACUCGAACGUGCAACACGUCAAGCUGCCGUCGACGCCUUCGGAAGAGUCUCUGAACAGGAAGGACUCGGCCGGAAGUGCGUGGAACGCGGCGGGCACGUGGGAGGAGCGCGACGCCCUGCCGAAGGUGCGCGAGCGCAUUGAAACUGUGGUCAAGCGCGUGCCAGACCGGGACUUUGGGUCCGGCGUGAUCAGUGUGGAUCGGGUGAAGAGCGUGACCGGCGACGCGUCGGUCGGCGUCAUUCGCGGCAAGGCGCGCCAGUUCCUCGACGUGAAGAUCGAAGUGGCCUUCCGGGUCCGCGUCGGCGGCGACGACCAGGCCUACAAGGGCACGCUGACGCUGAAGGACUACUCGGCGGACGCAGCCACCGAACCCGUGGACGUCGAGGUGAAGUUCUCCGACGCGGCGCGCGUCCCGGCGCACGUCUGCGACGCCGUCCGCGGCGCGCUGGGGCACACGGGCGCCGUCGAGGCGGGCGCGACCGGGACCUUCGCGCGGGACGUCGUCGGCGCGCUCGCGGCGGAGCUCCUGCCGGGGCUCAAGGACCUCUAGUGUAAUUUUAAUUUAGUAC